UAUCAACCUACUUUUGCUUAUGAGGAAAAACAAACUUGCAAAUUAAUUAACGUUACCUGCAGUUGUGCUAACACGCGACCUUACUGAGUCUAAUAAAUAUGAUAUCCUCAUAAUAUAUUUAUUUCAAUCAUUAUUGUUUAUUGAUUUAUUUCUUUAUUGUCAUUUGGACCUUUUCGCCCACUUUAAAAUAUGAACAGCUCAGAUGAUGCUUUUUUAUUUUGUGCAUUAUGUUUCAAAUACUAAAUGUUUGAUUUUUAAAGCCACAGCUUUGGUGUAGGCGUUAUUUUUGUUUUCGUGACCCGGAAGUUUUGGAUCUGUCAAGAGUGUUUUAGCAACAACUUCUUUGUCUUUGUUUACAUGUGAUAUUCAUUGAAGAAUUUGCUAUUUUGUUUGAGGCUGGUGAUUUCGAUGUGACGUGCAGUGAUGAACGGCAGCUCGAACCCGCCUCUGGAUAAAGAAGAGCAUGUGCUAAAGCUCGGAGAUAGUUUUGAGAAGAGACCAAAAUCAUCUUUUCACACCAUCAGAUAUGAUUUUAAACCAGCAUCUAUUGAUACAUCCUGUGAAGGAGAAUUACAAGUAGGAAAAGGAGAUGAGGUCACCAUCACAUUACCGCACAUACCAGGCUCCACUCCACCAAUGACAGUGUUUAAAGGCAACAAAAGGCCAUAUCAGAAGGACUGCGUUCUCAUUAUCAACCAUGACACUGGAGAGUUUAUGUUGGAAAAGCUCAGCAGCAGCAUACAAGUCAAGAAAACAAGAGCCGAAGGCAGCAGUAAGAUUCAGGCUCGUAUAGAGCAGCAGUCAGUGAGAGCUAACCAGCUGACGGCACAGUUCCGCACCCCCAUCAAGCCCGGAGCAGGAGCGAAAACCUCACCAACCAAAGACAACCCUUCACCUGAGCCUCAGCUGGAUGACAUCAAACGAGAGCUGCGGGCCGAGGUGGACGUGAUUGAGCAGAUGAGCAGUAGUGGCAGCAGCAGUUCGUCAGAUUCUGGCAGUUGUUCUGGCAGUGGUGAUGACAGCUCAUGCAGUGAUGGAGAACAGGAAACUCAUCUCUCCCCCAGCAGGAACAACAUGGCCAAUGGAAUGAACAAAUCACAAGGCAGCAACCAGUUGAUGAACACACUCCGAAAUGAUCUUCAGCUGAGCGAAUCUGGCAGUGACAGUGACAUUGACUGAUCUCCUAGCUGAUGUUCAGCACUUGAAAACAUAGAUUGUGUUUCUCUGCAUUAUGUGCUUUUAUAGAUAUCAGUCUUUUUGCAGUGGUUUCAUAGAUGAUAUCAGUGCUUUUGCAGUUUUACCUUGAGCUUUUAUGUCUUCAUGUUAACAUGGAGAUAUCAUAGAAAGUGUUAAAGAAUGUAAAAUAGUUUUAAUAGAUUUUAUUUUUAUUGCAAAGGGAAAUUUUUUGAACAGACAAGGUUGUGUAAAUCAUCACAACUGAAUAUUGUACCUUUGGUUGUUCAGUAUUUUUAUGAAGCUAAAAAUCAUCAGUUAACAUGUUUCUUGCACCUUUCACCCCCCUGUGUUCAGUGUUACAUACAUCAAAUUAAUGCGUGAUCUUUAUUCUGACUGCUUUUGGCAUUGCCUAUGAAGUUCACAUUGAAGUAUGAAGACAACAUUUUUUGGCACAUUAUUAUUAUUAUUAUUAUUUAUAUUAUAUUUUGGCAACACAAAACGUUUCAAAUACUUACUGUCAAUACUCAGUGCUGUGUGGUUGUCUGUAGAAGUGUAUACUGCUGGUUUAACCAAAAAGAAAUUAUUUUAUUGCACUGUACACAAUAUUAAUGUUGUAUAUAGCAUCUGUAAUGUAAGAUAAACGUCAAAAAUAAACUGUCAGUGGGUCUGAGAUAUCAUUUAAUUAUGGUAAUAAUCAUUAUUAUUAUUAUUUACUUCACAAAUAUCAUCACUGUUUUUAAAGGACAGAAAGUUUGACACAAAAAAAAUGCAUGCCAAAGUUACCGCAGUGUAAAAAUCUGAAAUGGCUGGAUUUCCAUUGAAAUUAAAGGUAAAUAUGAUGGGGCCUAACUGUUUGAAAAUGUUUUAUUCUUUACUGUAAACACAUUUUUUGUUGUGUAUUUAAUGAAUUAAGAGAUGAGUGUGGAGAAUGUUUUGUCGUAAUGGACAACAGGCUAGAAACUGUUGACUGAACUUGUAUUAAACCUGAAACAGUUGUUUCAUUCUCCAUGGUUAUGUAAUUCAGCUUUGUGUUGUUAUACACAAAAAAAUUUAAAAAUAAAAAAAUGUAAAGA